AUGGAGGUAGAAGCAGCUUCACCUUCUUAUGAUGCAGCGUUUAAUGCAUCGUCACCAUUAGCCUCCAGUAGAAUGAAGAAACCCAUCGGAACUUCCUUGGAUUUUGACUUGAAAAUUGAGGAUGUUAACGACGAUAUUAUAACACCACCAAACUCUACUGUGAGAAAGAAUAAGAAACAAUUAGUCCGAAAAUUGGACGACGGUAAAGAGCCAAUGUCUCCAAUUCAGUCCUCACCAAUUGCUCCUACUGCAAAGAGACAAAGAUCGGAAGGUUGUCCUCGUUCUAAUGGUAACUUAUCUCUGACAGAGGUUCUUUUAUCUCUCGAGAAAAGAAAACUUAAUAAUGAAUUAGAUAAGAAACCGCCUUAUUCUUAUGCAAUUUUGAUAUGUUUAGCAAUUUUACAAUCACGAGAAGGAAGACUUACAUUAUCUCAAAUUUACCAAUGGAUCUCAAGCCAUUUUACAUUCUACAAGUUGAAAGAUGCCAGCUGGCAAAAUUCUAUUAGACACAAUUUGUCAUUAAAUGAAGCAUUUAUUAAGACUCAAAAAUCUUCAGAUGGGAAAGGUCAUUUCUGGGAAGUGAAACCUUUAUCGAUGCCUAAAUUCUUUAAAGGUGACACUGAAGGAUAUGUCAUCAUUCGCCAGAGAAUAGCACAAAUCGAUCAAUAUUUUGAAGUAGGAUCACCGUUAACUGCGUCGAACUCAGAGAGUGAAGACUCAGCAUCGAUCACCUCAUCACCAACUCCAGGAAUUGAACAUAGUGCCUCCACAUCAAUUUUAUCUGCGCCUUCCAUCAUUUUUACAACAGAAGAUCAAAUAACUAUGGCACAAGGACCAAAUGUUCAUACUCCUGUGAAGAAUAAUAGGCUGACUCACAAACUAAGUUAUAAUGAUAUUACAAAGUCAGAUAUGAAAGGAACAGUUUUCGGAAACAAUAUGAUGAGGAGAAAUCAUACAACACUAGGAUUUAAGUCUACUUCUGAUGCAUUUCUAGUUCCACCAUCUAAGGAGUUUGUCUCUUUCAAUGAAUAUCUAGGGAACAAUAACUUAUCCACAUCCAAUUCAAGGACUGGCAUGCUUUCAUCACCUCAAAAUUCAAAACGUUAUAUAGGCUCCUUCAACUCCAGUUUUGAAGAAUUGUCACCACGUCCUCUUAAGACUGCAGAGAGUAGCAUUACAAGCAAUCCCCAAGGCCUAUUGGGACCAUUUACAAAUUCUGCCAUUUCUCCUGCCAACUCUGAUAAAUUCACCCAGCUGCUACCUUCGGGGACACAUAACAACAUUUCCAAUAUAGAAUCCGAGCAAUUAAAUUUACUGAAAACACCAGAAUUGAAAAGAUCUCAAAGCCUAGAAAGAUCUCCAAACAGAUUUAUGGCCACCCCCAAGGAUAAUGAAACUCUUUUGAAAAGGUGGCAAACUCCAUCUCAUUUGUUCGAAGAUAUCUACUCAUCGCCGAUAUUCAAGGCAAUGAGCACAUCGUCAAAGGUUAGUGCGACACCUGGUGGUUCUACUCUGUUGAAGAAAUUUUCCCCAUCCAAAGUUAGCGGUGAAACACAAAACGAACCAAUAAAGUCAAAAUUGGCUUGUGGUGGCCUUUUUGGAGUAGAUGUAUAUUCUGUUUGGCAACGAGCUACAGAAAUGUCAUCUUUAAAUGACGCAAAUACACUUGAUGCAACUCUUGAACGUCCAUUCAAGGCCAAUACAGACAGUAAAUUGUGA